AUGGCGAAAGGAGUCAAGGCCUCCGGAGGAGGAAGGCGCCCAGAUGAUGUAUAUGGAGACAGACUGAGCAGAUUACCAGAUCCUAACAUCAGUCACAUUCUCUCUUUUCUUCCCACAAAAUUUGCAGUCGCCACCUCAAUUCUGUCCACCAGGUUGGAAAUCUCUGAAAAUGGCUACCCAUUGCUUGAGGAUUUACAGAUUACUACAACGUUUAUUGAUCAGCUUGUAUACUUUAGUAUUAGACUUACUGCACUGAUAAAAUUGACAUUGACUAAUAUCAAAGCCACAGGUCUGGCCGACGUUGUUGGAUUUGACGCCCCAAAUCUUCGUUAUCUUGAGUGUGACUUUCAUCGGGUCGGCGGGGGAAGUUUCGUUUAUUCUGCACAGAUUAGGGAAAUUAAAGUACAUCAAUUUAGCGGCAGUGAAUCUGAUCUAGAGUUUGUACGACGUAUAUUACAGCAGAGUGCUAUGCUAAAGUCGGUGUCUCUGACUGCUGCGCCAGAUGGAAUGGCAGAAGGAUGGCCUUAUUCGGUCACCGAAAAGUUGAUCAAUUUCUCAAGGUGCACCAGAAAAUGUGAGCUUGAGCUUAAUUGA